GCAGCCGGUGUUGUGUGCGUGUGUGUUUCCUGAUCGACCUCCCACCUGAAUUGCCCACAGGCUACCGAUCUACCGACCUACGUAUUCCUCGGGAUCCUGAUAUCGCUGCGACAACAGACGCUCCGAAACGAGGGGCAACCACCGAUCCAACGAACAGAGGCACGAGAUCCGGGCGCAAACGCCUCAGACGCCGGAACUGCGACAACUCAAGCGACUCAUCGGCCGAUUGCGCAAUAUUACGCCGAGGCUUUUUGGAUCUGAUAUCCUCACCGCGGCGCCCCUCCUUCCACCUUUUGGGUUCAGAGCUGUGUUCUUCCAGCGAGCUAGCACCGCCUCCUUUCUCGGUUCAUUCAGCACCUGUUCAUUCGCCUUGGUUGAAUCAUGGGCAAAUCUCAGUCAAAACUCUCUCAGGAGCAGCUCGCCGAGCUCCAAAAGUCAACUCACUUUGAUAAGAAGGAGCUUCAGCAAUGGUACAAAGGUUUCCUAAAGGACUGCCCGUCGGGCAUGCUCUCCAAAGAAGAGUUUCAAAAGAUUUACCGACAGUUCUUCCCGUUCGGGGACCCGAGUUCGUUUGCAGAUUACGUAUUCAAUGUGUUCGAUAGCGACAAGUCUGGUAGUAUUGACUUUAAGGAAUUCAUCUGCGCCCUGAGUGUUACCAGCAGGGGUAAGAUGGAGGACAAACUGGACUGGGCGUUUCAGCUGUACGACAUUGACGGCGACGGCAAAAUAAGUUAUGACGAGAUGCUUCAGAUUGUAGAGGCAAUCUACAAGAUGGUCGGCUCCAUGGUCAAACUCCCCGAAGACGAAGAUACGCCCGAGAAGCGAGUACGGAAAAUCUUCGCCAUGAUGGACAAGGACGAGAACGGCAGCUUGGAUAUGGAAGAGUUCAAGGAGGGAAGCAAACGGGAUGAGACGAUUGUUUCGGCAUUGUCUUUGUACGAUGGGCUUGUGUAAACUGCUCAAUGUUGCUCCGUUUCUUUUAUUUUUCCACUGUUUCUGAUUUUUCCCGCUGUUAAUUUUUUUUUGGUAUUCCGGGCGACUGGUAUUCUUUGAAGGAAGCUCUGCCGUUUGUAUGUUUUUGCCCAGCUUCUGAUGUUUGCUCCCUUCUUACAUAGUUUCCUCCUUUGUUUGAGUCCCUACGCUUCUCUUAGGAUGAUUGUCUGGAGGGGGUGGACAGGAUAAGGGUGUAUUGGGCUCUGCUGUGAACUAGAGGGAACAAUAAGGCGAAAAUAUGGCUGCCGGGUGUGAUUGUGAUUUGGGUUGUUUUUUUUGUUUAUAUCCGUAUUUUUGUCUUUUGUUUAUUAGUCGGUUUUUUUGCUUGGCUAGUUUACAUAGCCUCGUGAAGUUGCGUAUCAAAACAGAGAGUAAAUCCAACGUCCUGAUCCC